AUGGUUGAGGCAGUGAACACCACUGCGAGGUUCGAACCUCUGCUUGCGAGGUUUACCAGAGUAGUACCGACGGUGGACAUGGACAUCUCCAGCGCUGACUCGAAGGAGCCGCAGCCUGUCCUGGACAGUGUUCCUACGCCGAGCCGGAAAUUGCUCCCUGCCAGCCAUGCCCCCAGCAACGCAGCCCGGGCAAAUCGACGGCACGUAACAGUGCCCGUGCAGGCAUUGUUGGGCACCGGCCCAAAGUGCACCAGCCCAAAGUGCACCCCACAACAGUGCACAGACCGUGCUGCAAGAAGCCCACCUCGAGGCUCAAUCCAGGCAAGCCGGCAAGCCAGCCCCACUUCCUGCACGAAACGCUCUGUCAAAGAGCGCCGGCACAGCAACCCGACCUUGACUCUUUCGGGCGAUCCGUCUUCCCCGCUCCCGCCCACGCGUACCAUGAAGUCUCUGCGCUUCCAGUCCAGAUCGCCCUCACCCCAGCUGGUUCGCCCCUCUCCGGAAUCGCCCUUGUCUGGGCUGCCAAGACCCAAGGCACGAGCUCGGUCGCAGAGUGCGCCGCGGCGCAGUGGCGACCCUUUCAACCUUUACCGGUUUGUCGAUGCCCAAAGUGAGAACGGCACCUUUGACCGAGCUCUGCGAGAGAUCCGCGCUGGCCGAAAGUCAUCGUGCUGGAUGUGGUUUGUGAUCCCAUCGCCUCCGUACUUCAAGAACAACAUCGAGCAUGGAAGCAGCACGAACCGCAAGUAUGCCAUCAGAUCCGAUCAGGAAGGCGAGGCGUACUUGAAAUAUGAGGCUGACGGUGUAGAUUUGCGUAGCAACUACUUCGCUAUCCUCUCUGCAGUUUGUGAGCAUCUGGUCGCCGGAAAAGCCGCCCGCUCCGUUAUUGGCGGUUUCGAUGAGCCCAAGCUUGCGAGCUCGAUCAUCUUCUUCGAGCGGAUAACCCGCAAUGAAGAUAACGAGCUGAACAGUUUGCUGCUGAAGCUUGCUGGUCUGAUGAACCUGCAGCUAGCCUCCCCGGAAGUUCAUCUGAAAUGCACUCACAAGAGUUGA